AUGAGACUCAUCAACACCACCACAUUCCAGUUGGAAGAGUUCUUCGACUCGAUGAGUCCGAAAUAUGCUAUUCUCUCUCACACAUGGGAGAAGGAAGAGGUGCUAUUCAGCGACAUGGCGGAUAUCCCGAGGGCACAGUCCAAGAUCGGGUUUGCGAAAUUCCAGGGCGCGUGUGCUCUCGCCGCCAGUAAGGGUUUCAAGCACAUCUGGAUUGAUACCUGUUGCAUCGACAAAUCGAGCAGCGCUGAGCUCUCCGAGGCCAUCAACUCCAUGUACAUGUGGUACACCCUAUCUGAUGUUUGCUUCGCAUACCUGUGUGAUGUCGCGCAACCGAGCGAUCUGAGCAGGAGCAGAUGGUUCACCCGGGGUUGGACACUCAAAGAGCUUAUUGCGCCAAGACGAGUCGAGGUCUAUUCCGGAACCUGGGAAUACCUUGGUGAGAAACGAGACCUCAAGCUCAUUUCGCGGGUCUCCUCAUCAAGCUUGGUCGAUGAAUGCGUUCUGGCUGGCGUCGUUAAGCCCCAGGACGUGAGUGUGGCCAGAAGGAUGAAAGAAGACGAAGCCUACUGCCUGAUGGGCCUUUUCGACGUCAACAUGCCGCUCCUGUACGGCGAGGGAGGAAAGUCCUUCAUCCGUCUCCAGCAAGAAAUUACAAAGAUUACAAACGACCAAUCCAUACUUGCUUAG